AUGGAUGUAGCAUCAGCUAUUCAAAACUACAUCUCCAAGAUCGCCGGAGUCGGCGAAGGCGCUGCGGCCACGCAAUCGUCGAAAAUGAAGAUCCUCUUAUUAGACUCGGACACAGUCUCUAUAGUAUCAACCGCCAUCACCCAAUCUGCCCUCCUCAAACAUGAAGUCUUCCUGAUUGAUCGGCUGGACAAUCCUGCCCGGGAGCGCAUGCGACACCUCCGAUGUCUUUGUUUCGUUCGACCAUCCCCAGACUCGAUACAAUUUCUCAUUGACGAGCUACGGGAACCCAAAUAUGGGGAGUACAAUAUCUACUUCAGUAAUAUCAUCAAGAAAUCUUCUCUGGAGCGACUGGCGGAAGCAGACGAUCAUGAGGUGGUCAAAGCCGUGCAGGAAUAUUUUGCAGAUUACAUUGUCGUCAACCCGGAUUUGAUGUCUUUGAAUUUGGGAUUCCCCAAGCAAAGGUUAUGGAGCCAUAGUCCGGACAUUUGGAAUACGGAUGCGUUGCAGAGGACAACAGAAGGGGUACUUGCCUUGUUACUGUCUUUGAAGAAGAAUCCAUUAAUCCGGUACGAGAAAAAUAGUCUCAUGGCGAAGAAGCUCGCCACCGAGGUCCGCUAUCAGAUCACUCAAGAAGAGCAGUUAUUCGACUUUCGAAAAACAGACACCCCGCCGAUAUUAUUGCUCCUGGACCGGAGAGACGACCCCAUCACGCCGUUACUCACUCAAUGGACCUAUCAAGCUCAAGUACACGAACUCCUCGGUAUCAACAACGGCCGUGUAGAUUUGAGUGCCGUCCCGGACAUUCGUCCUGAACUGAAAGAAAUCGUCCUCUCUCAGGACCAGGACCCUUUUUUCAAGAAGAACAUGUACCAAAACUUUGGUGAUCUCGGCGGGAACAUCAAAGAUUACGUCGACCAAUACCAAGCACGAACCAAAUCCAGUGCACAGAUCGAAUCAAUAGCUGAUAUGAAACGAUUCGUCGAAGACUAUCCAGAAUUUCGUAAGCUCUCAGGCAACGUGUCUAAACACGUAGCGUUGGUCAGCGAACUCAGCCGGAGGGUGUCGGCCGAUUCGUUACUUGAUGUAUCCGAGCUCGAGCAAAGUCUGGUAUGUAAUGACAAUCAUGCCGCCGACCUCAAGACGUUGCAAAAGCACAUCCAAAACCCCAGUAUACCAGCAGACAACAAAAUCCGGCUGGUAGCCAUAUACGCAAUCCGCUACGAACGAAACCCGAACAAUGCACUCCCUGUCCUUCUCGACCUGCUCGCCACGGUUGCCGACAUCUCCCCACACAAACUUUCCAUCAUUCCCAAACUCCUCGCCUACCACCAUAGCCUUCAACCGGCACCGGUCGGCGUGGCAGGCGGCUUCACCGACCUCUUCGACUCAGCAUCUUCGCCGUUCAGCCAAUUCCGGCGCAACCUCAAUCUCAAGGGCGUCGAGAACGUGUACACCCAGCACUCUCCUCGGCUGGAAAUCACCCUACAGAACCUCAUCAAAGGAAGAUUAAAGGAGCUGCAAUAUCCCUUUCUCGAAGGUCACACCCGCGAUAAACCGCAGGAUAUCAUCGUAUUUAUGGUGGGCGGGGUCACGUAUGAGGAGGCCAAGAUGGUGGCACAGGUCAACGCUUCUGUACCUGGAGUCCGAGUGGUGUUGGGUGGGACAAAUGUGCUAAAUUCAACGACGUUUCUCGAGGAGGUCGAUGACGCGGUUGGAAGCUGGCCUGAUCGAACCCCAGCGACGGCGCAGGCGAGGCUAGGCAGAGCCGUUGGACGAUGA